AUGAGACAAAGGAAUCCAUGUUUGGAUUCAACGGAAAAUUUGAAUUCGAAAUGUGUCAACGGACAUGAUUUUUAUCCCUGAUUCUAGAAUCAUCUGGAAUCCUCCCCUGCACGUUACCCCCGCGUGACAUUUCAUAGAAAAUUUUGAUGCGUGCGCGUCUAUUUUGUUUUUGCAUGGAAAAUUUUAAGAAAAAAGUCAAUAAACAAAGAAAAUCAGUGUGAAAAUCAUUGGAAUUAUCCUGCAGUGGCGGUCAAUCUUUGAGAAAAGUGAUUUUCUUCGUGAAAAGAAUGCCAAACACCAGGGGCAGAAGGAGUGAACAGGUGCGAAAUGCGAUGCACCAAGAUGUUUCCUUUAGGGGAGAAGGAAAUGCCCAAAUGCCUGCAGUGGGGCCACGGGAAAUCUUUGUAGUCCUUUCACGAUACGACCCUGACGAUACAAAAUGCAUCGCUUCUGACCUGUGGAUUAGCGAAAAGGAGACAGCCAGGGAGCUGUACGAGUGGAGUGACAGAGUCACCAUGUUGUACGCGUCCAUGCGGCUCUGUGGCACCGCCAAGACAUGUUAUCACGCCGCAAAAUCCCGCCUAACGCCGUGGGCAAUAUUUUCGCGGGAGUUUAAGAACAAUUUCCCAACACGUGUGGACAUUCCGAAGGUGCACGAGCAGCUGAAGAAGAGGAAGAAGUCCCUGAAGGAAACAAUUGUGACUUAUUACCACGAGAUGGUGGCAUUGGGGGCGAAGAUUAAUCUUGAUGAUGCGUCACUGCGACAAUACAUUAUUGGCGGAAUUCCAUCGGCGAGUCGUCGCACAGCAUUGAGGAACCGGCACUACAACUCACUUCCGGAACUCCUUGUGGCACUCCAGGACACAGAAGGUGAGGAUGACGAGGAAAAGUCAAAUCAGCAAAGUUCCUCACGCGAUCGCUCUCGCUCAAGGAGACGUGAACCAUAUUCGCAUGACAAUCGUAGAGAUUCCCAGGAAGAAAGCAGCAAGGAUCACACGGAGGAGAAGGAAAAUGAUCCAAAGUCGGGAAAAUCCAAGGAUAAGAGGGAGCGUGUGUGCUUCAGAUGCCGUGAACCAGGACAUCUCAUUGCCAAUUGCCCGAAGCCUGCGGAUUUUCGGGUAAGGGUGGUCGAGAGGAGCGCCACCCUACCAAAUAAACAAUGCUUCUUCAACAGUGUGCGCGUGGGAGACGAAGAAGUACAGAUGCUUGUUGUUUUCGGGAGCAACAGUACCUCCAUUCCGGAGAAGACUGAAAAGAAUUAUGGGACAAUGACUCAGUGUGUGAUGCAAAAGGAAAUUAGUUGGGAGAAGUUUCCGGAAGAAAAGAUUACAGCAGGAGAGAAGAUCACGGAUGCGGUAAAGACAAUCUGGGUGUGUCUCAUACAAGAUGAUCGAGCGUGCAUUGCGAUGGACACUGCUGGAUGGGAUAACACCAACAUUGGAGAGAUGAUUGGUGAGAUCAAGGACGAAAAACUUGGUGGUUCCGAAAGUUUUGAGAAUCCAUGUGUUGCGAAAUGGAAAUUAUGGAAAUGGAAAUUCUGGACCAAAAACAACUCUGGAAUAUUGGCAACUGCACGUGAAUUUUGUGGACCUUUUCUCAAGGCAAAUAAUACACGAAUGGAAUUAGAUGGGUCUCAGGAAUACCUUUAGAGGCUGAAUAGCCUGUUAAGAGUUAAAGAAGAUGAAUGAAUGAAAUAAAAUGAAUUUAAGAGACAGAAAAACUAUGUGAAUUAUCUUUGUGGCAUUAUCUCUUUUCAUUGAUGUGUUUUAGAGUCCUUAUUUUUUAAUCUAGGUGACGAAGGAUUGGUUGACAUAAGAAAGAACGAACGGUAAGACUUUACCUUUGCGGAAAAUAUAUUCUCAUUACUUUUAGGAACACUCAAAGUACACUCCGUGGCUCAGUGACUGGAUGGCAAGGACUGGACACCACGCUAAGGAUCAAACGGACCAAUGGACUGUGUGAAUGAAUCAUCUCGUUUUAUGAUAACGAUGAUAGAUUCAGAAUUCGGAAUACUGGACACCACGCUAAAGACCAAACGGACCAAUGGACUUUGUGAAUGAAUCAUCUCGUUUUAUGAUAACGAUGAUAGAUUCAGAAUUCGGAAUACUGGACACCAUGCUAAGGACCAAACGGACCAAUAGACUGUGUGAAUGAAUUAUCUCGUUUUAUGAUAACGAUGAUAGAUUCAGAAUUCGAAAUACUGGACACCACGCUAAGGACCAAAAGGACCAAUUGACUGUGUGAAUGAAUCAUCUCGUUUUACGAUAACGAUGAUAGAUUCAUAAUUCGGAAUACUGGAUACCCCAUGGACCACGCUAAGGACCAAAAGGACCAAUUGACUGUGUGAAUGAAUCAUCUCGUUUUACGAUAACGAUGAUAGAUUCAUAAUUCGGAAUACUGGAUACCCCAUGGACCACGCUAAGGACCAAAAGGACCAAUUGACUGUCUGAAUGAAUCAUCUCGUUUUACGAUAACGAUGAUAGAUUCAUAAUUCGGAAUACUGGAUACCCCAUGGACCACGCUAAGGACCCCACGGACCGUGGAAUGAACUAUGUGGAUGAAUCAUCUCGUUUUAAGAUAACGUGAGAUUCAUAAUUAAAAAACCGAGCAUUGUCUUAUAAUUGAGUAGGAUUAGAAAACGGAAAUCUAUUAUCGGCCCUUAACGUAAAUGUUUUGAGUACACUCUUCUCAUAAAUUCCCUUGCAUCAAUGAGGACAUUGAUUUUAUCAGGAUGGCCGAAUGUAGGAUUAAAGUUUGUACCCGCCAAUGGCAUAACCCCAUAUUGCCGGCAUUCCCCUAUUUUCCGAGACAGAAUACACUCUAUGUGGGUCUCCUCUCUAGGGCCGGGCCCUCUAGUGGUGGAAUACAUAGCGGGUCGCUAAGUGAUUAGAGUCAGUUCUUUGUGGGACGUGGAAGGGUGAACACGCGUUUGUGAAAUGCUCGUCGGCUCAGGGGCGUUUCCACCACUAGAUGACCGGAAAGGGGGAACUGCC